AAACAACGCAAGAGGUGUGGUGCCUUCGAACGCGGUUUGCACAAGAUCCUAUGUGUAUAGCGUACUCUCUAUACUGGUUUUCUUCAGUCGACGGACCAGUCUCAUCGGACUGAAUUGAAAAGCGAUUGUUCAGGCUAUGGCCAUUCCAUCAGCAUAUGUUGACUUGGGCAAGUCUGCCAAGGACAUCUUCACAAAGGGAUAUGGCUUUGGUCUUAUCAAGUUGGAUUUGAAAACCAAGUCAGAAAAUGGACUGGAAUUCAGAAGCACAGGCUCUGCCAACACAGAGACCAGCAAGGUCUCUGGAACAUUGGAGACCAAGUAUAAAUGGGCAGAGCAUGGGCUCACAUUCACUGAGAAGUGGAACACUGACAACACUCUGGGCACAGAAAUCACCCUGGAGGACCAGCUGGCUAAAGGACUGAAGCUGACAUUUGAUUCUUCCUUCUCUCCAAACACUGGCAAGAAAAGUGGCAAGAUCAAGACCUGCUACAAGCGGGAGCACAUCAAUCUUGGCUGUGAUGUAGACUAUGACAUCAAUGGCACUGCUGUGCAUGGUGCAGUGGUUGUGGGGUAUGAGGGCUGGCUUGCUGGCUACCAGACGACCUUUGAGGCUGGGAAGAACAGAGUCACCCAGAGCAACUUUGCUGUAGGCUACAAAACAGAUGAAUUUCAGCUCCACACAAAUGUGAAUGACGGGACUGAAUUUGGUGGUUCCAUCUAUCAGAAAGUGAAUAAUAAACUGGAAACAGCUGUCAAUCUGGCCUGGACUGCUGGCAACAGCAAUACCCGCUUUGGCAUCGCUGCCAAGUAUCAGAUCGAUGCGGAUGCUUCGUUUUCGGCCAAGGUUAACAACUCCAGCCUUGUUGGUCUGGGAUACACUCAGACCCUGAAGCCGGGUAUUAAGAUGACCCUCUCUGCUCUGUUGGAUGGGAAGAACAUCAAUGCUGGUGGACACAAACUGGGUCUAGGGCUUGAGUUUGAAGCAUAGAAAAAAGAAGAUUGCAGCUAUCACAAACCUCAAAAAAAAGAAAAGAAAAAAAGUACUAGAUACAUUUGCACACUUUGGGUUUCUCUUGUAUGUGAGAAGAGCUGUUACGUUUUAAAAUCAUGCUACAGUUGAACUGUGUUAAAGGACAUUUGAAGAUAAACUCAAUACUUUUUCAGAAAGGAAACAGUAUUGUGUUUGGGAGGUCUCACAAAACAAUAGCAGCAGUAACGGUUUGCAAAGAUUUAAAAUUGUUGCAUUUCACUAGACACGCCUGAUUCAGAUUAAAUUAUUUAUUACAGUGCGGAAGGUGGAGAUGAAUAUUUUUCAGAAAAACGAGUUGAUGGAGUCUAAAAACACUAAAUAACACUAGAUAAUAAGUCAGAGAUAACAAGUAUUGAAUUUCAACAUUCCUUUGAUACUUGGAGGCUAUUUCUGUAAAAGGUAGAAUUUUUUUACACAUAACAUCUACUGUAGAAGGAAAAUGAUGUUAACCUUCACAAUGACUGAUGGUUCCCAUUAAUCUCUGCAGCAUUAGACUCCAGUUCUGGGUAAAUCAGGUGUUUUUGUCUCAAGUGUGUGUGUAUGUUGCAUAUAGCAAGCUAUUGUUUUAAAUAUGUCCUUGUAUGCUAUCUGUAAGGUUUCACAUAAAACCCCUUGUCAAAUGUACAUGAAAAUAAGAUGGCUAAUUCACAGGCCAACCUUCUUAUGGUAAAUGUUGGGGGGAAAAACACAAUGCAUUUUAAUAAGGGAUGUAGUCUUUCGAUUUUGCUGUAAGUCCAGAAUACUCUGUACUUGGCAGUAUUGGCACUACUUUAUGUUCAAUAAAAAGUGGUUAAAGAGGA